GCAUGUACUACCAAAUACAAGCCUGACCAUGACCAUGUCCACCAGACAACGCCAAGUCUCUGACAUACUUCGGGCUGCCUCCCAUCUCCUGGACUCAGAGGCUGGUCAAGACCGCAAUCUCAAAAGUGUUCUGAAUACCAGGCUAGACAACUUUUACGCCUCGCUAAGCAAAGACAGGCCGUUCUCGGUGGGAGACACCGUCGAAGGUCUUCGCCUCGAAACUGCGCAAUGCGCCCUCGAAACCGUAGAACAAGUCAACCGCUUACUGGACGCAAACGUUUCUACUUCCGCGGCCGCAGCUCCCGGAGCCCAUGAUAUGCAAGACGAUGAUGCACCUGUCAUCGGUUCUCGCGAUCUUACGCAGCUGAGAACAUUACUAUCCAUAGUUUUUCGCUGGAGUAUCGACCCACUUCUCGCUCGAGUAUCGCAUGCUUUGCCCAGUAAUCACUCUCGACAGGUUGGAACCAGGGUUGUCGAACUCGGGACUCCCGAAGACUACCACUCGCUGUCCUCGUUAUUAUUGCGUUUGGCUGCAAUCCUUCUGCCUUGUGGGCCGCGCGGUCGCCUCCCGCAUACACCAAUCACUACCGCGAUAUUGGAUCGGCACUUUGUAGACUUUACGAGGGCAUCAAUUACCUUAGGAUGGCUCCCAAAAUCGCUUUCGUCUACAGACGCUCUUGCUAUAGAUGAUUUACGGCCAGUUGUGCUGCGUCUGCUCGAGUCUGUUUCUUUAUCCCAGGUAGUUGCUGAUCUCGGUGCAAUACUAUCCGGAGAACCACCACCCGCUCACGUCCGCAGAAUAUGCUCGAAUCUACUGAGCAAAAGUCUAUUGCGUGAGCGAGGUGUGAACGCCCUUCUUACGGUGGUCUUCGGAGAAGGGGAUGCACCCGAAGAACCUUCCUUGGAGAAAUAUGAACAUGUUGGUCGAAUUCUAAAGUCCAUACCGGCAGGCAUGGCACCAGAGGCAUACUUCGCGACUGUUAUCCCUGGAAUUCUACGGAUUCUAUCGGAGGACGUUCCUGCAACGUAUAAGCGAGCUGCUUCGUUUUCCAUCGCCCGAAUGUUGGAUCCCGAAUUCCCUCAUAAAAAAUAUGUUACUGCGCAGAUGCUGCCAAUUCUUCAUCAUCCACUGAGACCCUCCAUCCCCCAAGGAACGGCAGCAUUACAAUCCCCGCAUAGUACGGCAACCUCGGAUGGAAGCUUAAGACCGAGUCAAGCCCUGUUAACCAUACGUACUCUCCUCCUUAAUUCAGAUCCUUCCCCUGUCUUCAUAGCGUUGAUCUUGUCCCCAAUAUCACCCUACCUCUAUGCCCUUCUGUAUUACCUCGACAAGACCAGGACAUCGGAUCCGGUAGUCAGGGACUUGGUCAAGGUAUUACUGACCACCUGGGGAAGAGUGGUGGAGUGUCAGGAGGGUAUUGAACAGUUAUGGUUGGUUUUGCAUGGCCAACGCGUAAGUUGGUGGACUGAUGACACCGGUGAGGUGGUGUGCACAGUAACAGAAUCUCAAAUGGAAAAACUUGCUUUGCUAAGCCCAGAACGUUUGCGAGGAAAGGAGUACGAUGUAUAUGACGAUGCCUUCGAUCUUUAUCCCAAUCCCACACAUUUUGUACGGUACAUCAAGUCUCUCAAUCGUUCAGAUAUAAGUUGCGAACUCUUUGUCCGGCUAUUGGAGGAGUACCGAUCUGCAAAGUCUGAUAGAGAAAGCAACCCUAUGAGGGUGCUAUUGUACCUCCAAAUAAUCAUGCAGAUGCAGGAACAAUUAGCAGGAGAUUCGUCCCCUCAGAGCAUCCUCAAGAAACCGGAAUAUGUUUUACAAUUUGUCAAACAUGCACUGGAGCCUUCUUCCACGAAAUUGCAGUCUAAUUCCGGACAAAGUCUAGGACUUGCAGAUCUGAGAAUUAUUCCAGAAGACGAACCUAGUAUUCCUGGAGAUAGCGACAGCGACGACGAAGGACCUGAGGGAAUAGAUAGUAAUCCGGAUGAAGACAUGCCAGAAAUCGCGAUUAACUUGCUGCUUGCCACUCUCGAAGCAAACCCAAAUUUAUCAGCACGCGAUACUCCAAUCCUCGGUGAUGUAUUCGCAUUGCUGGACCCAUAUGCCAGCAGUUCAUCUCCAUCAAUAAGAGGUGCAGUGCGGGAGGCCAGGAUGGUGAUGACAGCCAGAUUGGCAUCUGCGUCCGCGGUGUGGAAUCAGCCACAAGCGAAAGGGGAGAGCUCGCAAGAGGUUUAUCAGAAAGCCCUCAAGUUACUGCAAGAUCCUAUCUUACCCGUCCGUGCUCAUGGGCUACUCCUUCUACGGCAGCUGGUGGCGCAAUACAGUCGCUCUUCAUCUGACGUCGCCUCCGCGGGAGAGGCUCUGGUGCCUGCUAUUUUGUCUAUAUUCAUGCAAGCCGUGCAAGAAGAUGAUUCAUAUAUCUUUCUCAAUGCUGUGCAGGGUCUUGUCGGAAUGGUUGACACUUUUGGGAAGGGAGUUCUCAACAGUCUGCUUGAGACUUACACACAUAACUUGACUUCAGUUCAUGGCGGCUAUUUAACGAAACAAGAAGUAGACACAAGGGUUCGCGUUGGCGAGGCACUGGGGCAAGUCAUCAGGCGAUGUGGAGAUACACUAGGCAUGCACGUUGACGUGAUCAUGCCACGGUUGGUCUCAGUCUUCCGUGCUCGCCAAGCUCCGGUUGUGCUUCGUGCUUCUGCCGUCGCGUUGCUUACUCAAUGUGUCAAGACAAGUUUCGCGGCAGUAGCUGGGUACACCAGUCAGUUAUCAGCUGCUAUGAUUGAUCUUCUUCAAGUUGAGAUGGUGGUCCCGUCGGGAGUCCCUUCUGCUAACGACAACGUCGGACACACUAAGGAAUCAAUGGAAGCUAACGAAACUCUGAGACCUGACCCCGAAAUCGACUCCACGCCUACUGCCGUUGAUCCCAAGCUCCCAUCGCUCCGACGAUCUGCAUUGCACUUCUUAACUUUACUCAUGCGGACUGUCACACAAGCGAUGUAUGAAGAGUCGCUGGCCGAAUUACCUUCAAUAUCUUUUCUUAGGAGGGCAAAAGCCACCCUCGGCUAUGCCUCUUCCGCAGACGAAGACGGUAUCACCCGUGCGAUGGCGAGGGAGGCGGACGAAAGCAUCAACCAAUUAAUGAAAACAAUGUUAGGCAUCGAGUAG